UGUGGUAUCUCGUCCUCGCUUUUCCCUCGGUUUCUGCUUGUUAACGGAUCGCCGUACUAUGGGAAGCUCCUCAAACGGCGUCGUGGGGGACCGGAGCGCCGGCAGCAAUGGCGGCUUGCAGGUCGAUAAGGGCGUCGAUUUUGCUCAGUAUUUCUGCACCUACGCCUUUCUCUAUCACCAGAAGGAAAUGCUCUGUGACCGAGUUCGCAUGGACGCUUACUUCAAUGCCAUCUUUAAGAACAAGCAUCACUUUGAAGGAAAGACCGUAUUAGAUGUGGGAACCGGGAGUGGGAUCCUAGCUAUUUGGUCAGCACAAGCGGGUGCAAGGAAGGUAUACGCAGUGGAAGCAACUAAGAUGUCGGAACAUGCCCGUACACUCAUUAAAGCUAACAACCUUCAGGACGUAAUUGAUGUAAUCGAGGGUUCUAUGGAGGAUGUUGUCCUUCCAGAGAAAGUUGAUGUCAUUAUCUCUGAGUGGAUGGGAUAUUUUCUCUUGCGGGAAUCUAUGUUCGACUCUGUGAUUUAUGCACGUGACCACUGGUUGAAGCCAUCCGGGGUGAUGUAUCCUAGUCAUGCACGCAUGUGGGUGGCACCAAUUAGGUCUAAAUUGGGAGAUCAAAAAAUGAAUGAUUAUGAAGGAGCUAUGGAUGAUUGGUAUAAUUUUGUUGCCGAUACCAAAAUGGAUUAUGGAGUUGACAUGUCUGUUUUAACGAAACCAUUCUCUGAAGAGCAAAGAAAAUACUAUCUUCAGACGUCGUUGUGGAACAACCUUCAUCCACAACAAGUUAUUGGGACAGCAGCCAUCAUAAAGGAUAUUGAUUGUUUGACUGCUACUGUUGAUGACAUUCUUGAAGUCAAAUCAAGCUUUUUGUCAUCAAUCAACUCAGAGAACACGCGGUUUUGUGGAUAUGGUGGAUGGUUUGAUGUCCAUUUUCGAGGAAGAAACGAGGAUCCAGCUCAAUUGGAGAUUGAGCUGACAACUGCUCCCAGCGUUGGUAAUGGUACACACUGGGGUCAACAGGUCUUCCUCUUGCAUCCUCCCAUUUGGGUCAGUGAAGGAGAUGAAUUGAAGGUUUCCUUCUUUAUGAAGCGCUCUAAAGAAAAUCAUCGGCUAAUGGAGGUUGAGUUUGGCUGUGAAAUCAACCAACCUUCUGGCAAGCUGCAUCAACAACCAUUCACAAAUAAGUUCUACAUCGAGUGAAGAUGGAAAUAGUUACAGCAACUGGAAGAAUAUAUAUACACGUAGUAGAUGAGGUUCCGAUUUAUAGGUGGCAAGCUGCCGGCUGCUUUUUUGGAAGAGGGUGGGAAGUAGACAAAGGAGGCAGCACUUGAAUUUUGACUCUGAUCAGAUUACUAGCGACUCCGAGAAGACUUUUCUUUUGGACAACUAGUAUUGUACUUUUCUGCUAUAAGACUUGAUCAUUUGCACAUGGAAAUGGCAAGGGUUGCGUCUUGAAAUUAUAAUAUUUGGUGUGUAAAACAUUCUUAUACACAAGGCAUUGAUGUGCCUGUUAAUGGGGGGAUAUGAAGAUAGAAGGGUAACUGUUGUCCAUGCAAUUCUUUGAUGAAAAUUAGUGUAAUUUUGAAUUAUAUUAUUUUGUUCUUCAAGGAACAAUUUGUUCCUAGUUUCAUCCUC